AUGAAACCACUGUAUUUAGUCUUGGGCCUUUGGGUUCUUGGAGGAUGUUUCCUGUCUGGUGAGUGUCACAGAGGCCCCAGAGGACGACACGAUCCUAGAGGACCACCACCUCCUCCUCCCCAUCCCUUUGGUCCAGGAUUCGGUGGACCACCCCCUCCUCCCUUUGGCCCUGGGUUUGGUAGACCACCCCCUCCUCCCUUUGGUCCUGGGUUUGGUAGACCACCCCCUCCUCCCUUUGGUCCUGGGUUUGGUAGACCACCCCCUCCUCCCUUUGGUCCAUAUCCACCUGCACAACCCAGACCUCCAACCAAUCCUCCUCUCACUCCACCUCCUCCCCCAAUACAGGGAAAUAUAACACCUAGCGCCAAUAUAUCUCUAACUACUACUGCUGCUGCCCCAAAUGCCACUGAUGAUUUUCUGAGCUGGUGGCAAAGAUUCAUUUCUGCUUGGCAGCAAGGAUGA